AUGCACGUGAAAAUGUUUAACCUUCUGAUCACCUUAAUUCUAUUAAUGUUAUCCGUUUCGGAGGCAUUUAUUUACCCAGACAAUUUCAAAAGAAACGAUCAUAGUAGUAAAAUUUGCCCUAGUGCCUUAUUAGGAGCCUCCUUUGAUCAAAAUGCCGUAGGGCAACUUUCAAUCUACCAGGGCGUUGAUGGAUCAACGUGGGUCCAAGGGGCCUACCAGUCUGGAUUUUUUAAACACGGUUGGACUUAUGAUUGGACCUUACGAAAUGGCUGCGGAGAUAUGGUUUUCAAUUUUUCGGAUGCACUCCAAAUAGAUUAUUCUCAUGGUAAUACAUGUGGUAGUGAUGAUAGUAAAGAUAGUAAAGACAGUAAAUAUAGCGAAGAUAGUAAGGACGGUAAAUAUAGUAAAGAUAGUAAACAUAAUAACGAUAGUAAAUCGGUUUCAUCUUCUAGAAAAAGAGGUGGUUAUAGAAGGCACGAUAAACCUAAUAAGCCCAGCUGUAGUGAUGUUAUUGGUCCUGAUGGCGUCAUGCCCUGGGUGGUUAAACUUGAUGACUUGACUUGGCAUUGUGAUGGUAAAGGAUUUAAAUUCCAAACAUGUGAGGGUAAAGAUAUUUAUAAAGAUUCCAUCCCUCCUUACCUACGUGAUGACCAUGAAAAGCGUGGUGAAUCUGAGGACGAGCAUGAUCAUAAAAAACCACCAAAAAGAGUUAAGGAUAUAGGUCCAUUAUCUGGGUUGUAUAUUGUGAUUGAAGGUUGUGAGACAUCAAGAAAGCGUCAGAAUUCGAUUACAAUGUCUUCUCCACUUAAUAUUAACAACGAAGGAAAUGUUGUUAAUAAUCAACCGGCAAAUAAUCAACCUGCCAAUAAUCCACCUGCCGAUAAUCCACCGGCAGCACCAGCCACCGCUGCAGUACCAGCUGUCACAGAAGCACCAGCUGCCACAGAAGCACCAGCUGCCACUGAAACACCAGCUGCCACACCAGUACCAACACCAGCUGCUGCCACGUCAGCUCUAACACCAGCACCACCUGCUGCCACGUCAGCUCCACCUGCGCCCACGUCAGCUCCAGCUCCAGCACCACCUACUGCCCCGUCAGCUCCAGCUCCAGCAACACUUUCUGCCCCGUCAGCUCCAGUUCCAGCACCACCUACUGCACCGUCAGCUACAGCUCCAGCACCACCUGCUGCCCCGUCAACUCCAGCUCUAGAAACUGUACCCAUUGUACCACCACCUGCAACGUCGAUAUAA